ACUCAGUUCUAAGCGCCCCUGCUUGGCUGCUGCUGCUACCAGUUUCCCCCUGGGCAUGGCGCACCCCAGGGAGGAAGGCCAAAUCGAGACCCCAGUCGAGCGAGAGAUCCGAAUCGGGAAGGAGCGGGAGGACAACCUUCGCCGUAGCCGUGGGAUGCUCUCGUCCCAGGCCUCCGGGGAUCUAGUGAAGGUGCAGGUCCGGUCGAUCCUGAGCAACACUCCGUCAGAACCCGGCUUCUCCCGGGACCUGGAGCGCGCCUGGGCCGGCAUCCAGAUGCAGAAGGAUAUUCACAGGGAGACCCAGCGGGAAGAUGCUCUGGUGGAGCAGGGCACCCUGCCGGGCACUUACGACCGUGGGAAGAGCCAGCAACAACUGCAGGAGAGGAAGUUCCGCUUUGAACAGGUGGGCCCGGUUCCCUCCUUGGGGAAGCUUGUUCCCUCGACCCCCAAAGUCUCCAAGGCUAUUGUUGGCCCUCGGGGCCCCUCGUUUGCUGAGGCCUAUGGCACCUCCCCCAUAAUGAUCCUGGAACAUCACAGCCUGCUCCCCGGGGAGGGAGCGAGCCAAAGCCCUGAGCCCCAGGCCCAGGCCCAGGCCCAGGCCCCACCAGAGUCCCUUUUGCUCCUGGAGCACCAAUUCCAGGAGAUGGCGGAGCAUGAGCCGGAGUCGCAGAUUCAGAGGCAACGAGCGUAUGGAAUCCCGGAAUCUGAGGAGUCCCACAAGAGCAACAAGAAGAGAUUGCCCAUCAGGAAGCUGGCCGUGAUCUGGCCCCCCCGCCAGGACACCAUGACCACUCAGGAGAAGAGCCCAGAUCAGGACUCCACCUCCCAGGUGCAGAGCCAGAAAAGUGCCUUUUACCAGCGCUGGGAGCCAAGCCAUCUGAAGCAGGGUCAGGCGGAAUAGUGGCCCCCAUGCCAAUCUUCUCUUUGGCCUACACUGCCCCCCACUCCCUACCGAACCCUGGACCUUGGGGCUCUGUAGCUGGGCCCCAGCCUUGUCCCCUGAAGCCCCCUAACACUACCUUUUGGGAGGACUCUGGGUAGCGGGAAGGUGAGGCCUGGUGUCCUUUUUAUUCCCCCAACUCUGGGUCUUCUUGAAAUUUCAACUAACCACUCCCCCCCUGCCACCCCAUCAAUUGUUACAGUGCUGCUUUUCUUUUCUGUGCCAUCAAUAAAGGCCUU